ACACUCCCACCACUUCCCCAUGCUCGACAUCCCUGGCUUCAUCCACCCCAUCUCAGUCCACUCCCUCGACGAUCUCCCCUACCUCAUGGGCCGCCUCGUUCCCUCCUUGCCGCGCCGUGCGCUCUCCCAUGCUCCUACCCGCUCCCAUCCCAAUGCCCCCUACUUCCACCACUGCCCCAUGCUCGCCAUUCCCGGCUUCAUCCACCCCGUCUCAAUCCAUUCCCUCAACGAUGUACCAUCCCUCAUGGCCCGCCACAUGCCAUCGGUGCCGCGCCAAGUGCUGCACAUCAAGUACGGCUGUGCUGACGAGGACGAACUCCAUGCUGAGCUGGCGGCGACGAUCAUGGCACGGUUGGAUGAUGAGUAUGCAGGGAGGAUGGAUAGAUCAUGUGCUUCCUGCCCGUGUGUGAUUUUUCUUUCGGAUAUACUUGCCUUCUGCGAGACCUUUAUACUUGAAGGAGAAGAAUUCCUCAUGCACAAGUUUCGUGAUGGCGUGGGUGGUGCGGUGUGGGUGGAUGAUGAAUGCUCUAGGGAAAACGAGUGCGACAUGUUAGCAGAAGCCAAGCACCAGCUGCAGUUCCUCCCGGGAUCAUACCACUUCCACAUUGUCAUGAUACACUCCUAG